AUGAUGGGAGAAUUCCAGGACGCCUCUAUGCCAAUUGCCAUUGUUGGCAUCGGAGGCAGGUUCCCCGGCGAAGCCACGAACCCCAACCGGCUGUGGGAUAUGGUCUCUAAUGGUCGGAGUGCUUUGACUGAAGUCCCCAAGGAUCGGUUUAACAUUGAUGCAUUUUACCAUCCUCACGCUGAGCGUCAAGGAACCAUGAAUGUCAGAGGUGGCCACUUUCUCCAAGACGACGUCGCCCUAUUUGAUGCUCCCUUUUUCUCCAUCACAGCCAAGGAGGCACACGCCAUGGAUCCCCAACAGAGGCUUGCUCUUGAGGUAGCAUAUGAGGCUCUCGAGAAUGCGGGAAUGCCUAUGGAAGCUGUUUCGGGGUCUUCCAUGGCUUGUUAUAUGGCUUCCUUUACCAGAGACUAUGCUACACUACGUGGGCAUGACGCCGAAGAUAUUCCGAUGUAUGAAGGCACUGGAAAUGGGUCCGCCAUGAUUUCCAACAGAAUAUCGUGGUUCUUUGACCUUAAAGGCCCCAGUAUGAGCUUAGACACUGCGUGUUCUUCAUCUCUGGUGGCACUGCAUCUUGCUUGUCAGAGUAUCCGAACCGGCGAGACCAAGUGUGCCAUGGUGGGCGGCACCAAUUUGAUCCUGAUGCCUGAGAUGCAGACGGCUAUGACAUCUCUUCAUUUUUUGAGCCCGGACAGCAAGUCCCAAUCAUUUGAUCACAAGGCCAAUGGAUAUGCUAGAGGCGAGGGAGCCGCUGUUGUUGUUAUCAAGCCGCUCGCUGAUGCAAUCAAGGAUGGGAACACUAUCCGGGCCGUCAUUAGAGGCACGGGCGUGAAUCAAGACGGAAAAACACCAGGAAUUACACUGCCCUCGGCACAGGCACAAGAGGACCUCAUCAGGUCCGUGUACGCAGCAGCCGGCCUAUCCUUUGAUCAAACAGGGUAUUUUGAGGCACACGGAACAGGUACGCCGUCAGGCGAUCCACUGGAGUGCGCGGCGAUCGGGGCCACCAUUGGCGCCAGCCGUCCAAAGGACAGCCCGCUCCUUGUCGGAUCUAUCAAAACCAACAUAGGGCACAUGGAGGGCGCUAGUGGACUGGCCGGCUUGAUAAAGGCAGUCUUCGCCUUGGAAAAAGGCCUUAUCCCUCCCAACUUGUGGUUUGAAAAGGCGAAUCCUAGGAUUCCGCUGGCUAAAUGGGGUCUAGAUGUCCCAACAAGGCUUCAGCCAUGGCCAACAACAGGGCUGCGUCGAGCAAGCGUCAAUUCGUUCGGAUACGGUGGCACCAAUGCGCACUGCGUGUUGGAUGACGCCUACCACUAUAUGAAGCUCCGUUCGCUAGAAGGAUCUCACGAUACGACCGAGCUUCCCGGAAUCAUAGAUUGUGAAGGCAGCACGACUUCUGAUGAUCUCAGCGCUAGCGCUAGCACUGCCUCUUCAAGCGACAGAAAAGAGCCCUUAACCCCGGAGUCGGAGCUUGAGGAAUUGAAACUAGCAACCCCCUCUUUGUUGUCGCGUCCUAAGCUGCUAAUGUGGACAUCCCAUGAGCAGGCUGGCAUUAAUCGGACUGCAUCGCAACUCGUGGAAUAUCUAACAAGCCAAGACAAAACAGACGCCAGCCUUCUCACCAACCUUUGCCAUACUCUUUCCACAGCCCGUAGCCGGUUUCCUUGGAAAACAUACACGGUAGCCUCAACGGUCGAGGAACUUUCAUCAUCACUGACGAGUGCUUCCCACCCGAAACCGCUGAGGUCAUCUCAACUUCCGACGCUGUGCUUCGUCUUUACUGGCCAAGGUGCACAGUGGUUUGCCAUGGGGCGCGAGCUCAUGGCAUAUGAAACCUUUGCACAAGCCAUCAAGGAUGCAAGUAGCUUUAUGAAAGAGCUUGGAAGCGAAUGGGAUCUCGUUGCCGAGCUCAGCGCAUCCAAGGAGCAAUCUAUCCUGAACGAAUCUGCAAUCAGUCAGCCGGUGUGUACUGCGCUGCAAAUUGCGCUUGUCGAUCUUCUAGCAGAGUGGAAUAUCACACCAUCGGUAGUUGUUGGCCAUUCAAGUGGAGAGAUUGCGGCUGCAUAUGCCAAAGGCGCCAUAUCACGUCCUCAGGCGUGGACAAUUGCCUACCAUCGAGGUCGCCUCUCAAGCACUCUAACGCAGGAGGGCGCCAUGCUUGCUGUUGGCCUGGGGGAGGAGGAAGUUCUACCCUUCAUAUCGCAGAUACUUCAGAGCAGCGGUGAAGUUGUUGUCGCCUGUGUCAACAGUUCCUCCAGUGUCACCUUGUCUGGAGACGUGGCCGCGAUCUCCGACAUUCAAGGCCUUUUGGACAAUGAGAAAAUCUUCAAUAGAAGACUGGCCGUUAAGACAGCGUACCACUCUCCACACAUGAAGGCAUUGGAGAGCGAUUACCUGCAGGCGCUGGCAGAUAUUCGCCCAGAAGAUUCAUCCAGCCGACCACCCACUACGAUGUUCUCUUCCGUCACUGGUGACAUCGUUGGUGGUGACAUUCUUGCCAGCGCCGAUUAUUGGAGAUCGAAUAUGGUCAGUCCUGUGAAAUUCAGCCAGGCUAUGCAAAAGGUGCUCGAAUUCAAUCUCAGCAAGCGACGCACUGCCGGAAAGGCUCAAUAUGUCAACAUUCUGGUGGAGGUUGGACCUCACGCAGCGCUGCAGGGCCCGUUGAAGCAGAUAUUGGAUGCAAACCGAGACAAGCUGAAGCGAGAUGUCGUUUAUACAUCCAUAUUACUGCGAAAUACCGAUGCUGUGCGCAGUUGUCUUGACGCAGUAGGAAAGCUAGCUCAGCGCAACUGUCAUGUUGAUCUUGCCAGGUUGAAUGCAGAGGCCUCAGCAUCCGGCGAGAAGCCUCAACUGCUCAGCAACCUGCCACCAUUCUCGUGGAAUCAUUCCACGCGAUACUGGUAUGAGUCGGCGCUCUCCGCAGCUUUUCGACAUCGUAAGCUGCCUCGCUUCGACCUUUUGGGGGUACGCAGCGAGCACUCCAGCGAUACCGAGCCUUGUUGGACAAACUACUUGCGAGUCUCAGAAGCCCCAUGGAUAGAGCAUCACAAAGUCCAAGGCACCAUUCUGUAUCCUCUCUCCGGCAUGAUGGUCAUGGCGAUUGAAGCUGCCCGUCAGCUCGCGGAUCAGACCAAGGAAAUCGACGGGUUCCAGAUUCGGGACGUCUCUGUUGGAAAGGCAAUGGUCCUCGCGUCCGAUACCCCGACCGAGACGAGAAUUCAGUUUAGACCCCGACGGGCUGGAACUCGAUUGCCAGAUGCCUCCUGGAAUGAGUUUACCAUCUCAUGCAGGAGUCGCCAAGGUGUUUGGACGCAGCAUUGUACCGGUCUUAUUACCGUCAAAUAUGUGUCAGAGCAUAACCAGACGUUCCACGAUGAAGACGUCUCUCUGUCGCUGCAGCAUCGCGAGGAAUACAAGAGGCUAUACAACGCAGGUUUCAAGCCUGAUGACCCACGUCAAGUCUACGCUUCUUUAGCCGAGCUUGGGCUUCAAUGGGGACCGACCUUCACAGGGCUAGUUCACAUCAGCUCGGGCGAUUACGAGGCGCACUGCGAACUUGAGGUGCCUGAAACAAAGAAGUUCAUGCCAGAGGGCUUUGAGUAUCCGCACGUCAUUCACCCUGCGACGUUGGAUAACUUCAUCCAGAUGGUGAUCCCGGCUUGCACACCCGCUGGAGUUCAGCUAGAGAAGGCCAAGAUCCCGAGAUUUAUCGAGGGCCUCUACAUUUCCAACAAAAUUAGCUCCAAGCCCGGCACCAGGUACUAUGGGUAUUCGAAGUCCAAGCCUUACGGCUUCAACGAGUCUAUCGGAACCAUUGUUGCUUCUGACAAAACAUGGGAGAAGCCACUGGUAAUUAUUGAGGGCUGCAGGAUCAUAUCUCUGGAGAAUAUGACCGACGGCCUCUCUUUGGACUCGACUUCUGGAAACUUGUCGCUGCGAAAGUUGGGCUCCCAUCCUGAAUGGAACCUUGACAUUGAGCAUCUUCCUGUUGAAGAGGCCCAAAAGCUCCUGGCCCCUUACGGAGCGAUCAUCCCCGACGUAGACGUCGAGAUUAUUCGCGACUUGGAACUUGCUUCGUUUAUACUUUGCAAGCGAACAAUCCGCGAAUUUGCUGCAUCGGCUGCUAACAGUUUCUCUCCUCAUCACCGCCUCUUUUACGAGUACAUGAUGCACAGGUAUCAACUCGGCGAACAGGGAAUGCUGGACUGUCAGAGAACUGAAGCAGACGGUAUUGACUGGCUGAACACAACUGAAGAAUUCGAUGAUGCCGUUCUGAGCCGAGUGUCCAAAGCAUCUAUCGAUGGCCGACUUCUCUGCCACCAGGGCGCUCACUUUCCCGAGAUCUUGCGUGGAGAGCUGGAGCCUCUUCAAGUGCUAAUGCAGGACAACUUGCUGACACAGUACUAUCGCAAUGCGCUAGGUACUAACAAGUGGAACCCUAUCAUUGCUAAAUACGUGCAGCUGAAGUCGCAUAAGAGGCCCUUGAGGAUCUUGGAGGUGGGUGCAGGCACAGGAGGCACCACCAGCGUGGUGUUGUCAGCACUCGGUCAGCGAGAAGAGGCAGGUUCCAGGCUGGAACGAUACACAUUUACUGACAUUAGUGGCGGAUUCUUUGGAGCGGCUGCUACUGACUUCGAAGAGUGGGCACCAUUCCUGGAGUACAAGAUCGUGGAUAUUGAGAAGGAUCCUGCACAGCAGGGCGUCUUGACCGGCAGUUAUGACCUGGUCAUUGCGAACAACGUUUUGCACGCCACAAGGUCUAUCAGCACCACUUUGGGUCAUUGCAGGGACAUGUUGCGACCUGGCGGUGUCUUGUUACUCGGCGAGCUUACCACAACGCUGGCCAGAGUGCCCAUGAUUUUCGGCACUCUCUCUGGAUGGUGGAAUGGCGAGAAUGACGGCCGCAAAUGGGGUCCCAGACUUACUGAAGCGCAGUGGGAUACGCAACUUCGUGAGCACGGCUUCAGUGGACUCGAUCUGUGUUUCCGCGACCACAGCACCGAUGAUUACUCGAUUUCGCUCAUGAUGUCGACUGCAAAUCGUCCACCAGCUCCAAAAAUCCGCGAUGACGUCGCAAUAGUGGUUCCGUCCAACGUGAACGCUUCCGUGAACGCUGUCGCUUCGAAGCUGGCCGCCGCGCUGUCAUCGCAGGUACCAAGCAUCAGAGUCAUGACACUCUCUCAGGCCGCCGCUGUUGACCUUGGCAAUACGGCAUCGGUCGUACUCCUCGAGGCAGAUACUCCGUUCCUACAGACAGUGGAUGCGACGGGCUUUGCAGAAAUGAAACAUAUUUUGCUCGCCUCCAAGAAGACACUGUGGAUCACACGAGGAGGUGCAAUGGACAGCCCGCAACCCGGGGCCAAUCUAAUUGCAGGCCUUGGUCGGACAAUCCGAGCCGAAAUUCCUAGUUUCCAACUCACGACGCUUGAUCUGGACCCUCUCGCCUCAAAUGAGGCUGAUGAGACUGUGGCAUCCAUCGAGCAGGUACUGCACUUGACAGCACAAGACGAGUCUGUGGACUGCCCGGACUGGGAAUACGCCGUUCGCGAAGAGCGCAUCCACUCACUUCGAUUGACUCCAAACAAGAUUUUGAAUGCCAUGUUCGAAGCCAGCAAAACCGACCAAACCCCAGAAAUGCUUCCAUUCCACCAGCCUGACCGAGCUCUUGCUCUCGCCAUAAAGACGCCAGGCAUGCUGGACACGUUCCAGUUUGUCGACGACGAAGAAUACGUCAAGCCUCUUGCCAGUGGCGAGGUCGAAAUGGAAGUCAAGGCUGUCGGCAUGAACUUCCACGACGUCAUGAUCUCAAUGGGCCAGAUUGCUGAUACGGACCUCGGCGUGGAGUGUAGCGGCAUCGUCACUCGCGUUGGCGACGCUGUCAGCAAGUACAAGCCCGGUGACCGUGUCAUUACCUUCCGCCUGGGCUGCUUCAGGACAUUCUUGCGCAACCCCGAAGAGAUGUUUGAACUCGUGCCAGAUUCACUAUCUUUCGAAGAGGCUGCGUCCAUCCCCUGUGUCUACUCCACUGUUUACUAUUCGCUGUUUUACGUCGCUCGCCUGAGCAGAGACGAGAGGGUGCUUAUACAUGCCGCGGCGGGUGGCCUCGGUCAGGCUGCAAUUAUUCUGGCGCAGCACAUUGGCGCGGAGAUCUUUGUCACUGUUUCUUCCGAUCCCAAGAAGCAAUUCCUGAUGGAGACGUACGGUAUCGCGGAAGAUCACAUUUUCAACAGCAGAGACUACAGCUUUGCUGCGGGCAUUAAGCGCAUGACCAAGCAGAAGGGAGUCGAUGUUGUUCUCAACUCAUUGGCAGGAGAAGCGCUACGUCAGACGUGGCUUUGCGUUGCGCCCUUCGGACGCUUUAUCGAGCUGGGCAAGAGAGACAUUGGUAAGAAUCGCGAUUUUAACUUCUUUGGUCCCAUUGAAUUGACGUGGCUAACCUCUUUCAUAGUUGGAAACACUGGUAUAGAUAUGAGCCAGUUCAUGCACAAUAUUACCUUUGCUGGCGUGAACAUGCUCUCGGUCUACCGAGACAACAUUCCUCUCUUUAGUCGCAUUAUGAGCGACGUGAUGGAGGCUCUGGAUCGGGGAAUAAUUCGUCCAGUGCAAGCUCUGCGAGUCAUGGAUUAUAGUCGUAUUGAGGAGGCGUUCCGAAUCAUGCAAUCUGGAAAGCAUAUCGGCAAGAUGGUGCUCACGGCUGGCCCUGACAACCUCGUGCCGAUUGUGCCACCAAAGGUGAAGGCCUACUCAUUCUCACGACCUGCGACUUACCUGAUCCCCGGUGGCCUGGGAGGCCUUGGCCGCUCUAUCGCCUCCUGGAUGUCAGAUCAAGGCGCAAAACAUCUGGUCUUCACAAGCCGAUCGGGAGCGACGAAACCGGAGGCCAGAAAGCUUCUCGAUGAGCUUCAAGGUCGGGGUGUCAACACACUCGCAUUUUCUUGUGACAUAAGCGAUGCGAACCAGCUUCAAGAUGUUCUUGCUGCCGUGGAGGCCAACCAGUUCCCUCCUAUCAAGGGAGUCAUUAACUGCGCAAUGCAGCUUCAGGACGUGCUGUUUGAGAAUAUGACGGCCGAAGACUUCAACGCUGCCAUUCGGCCAAAGGUUCUCACCACGAAGAACCUGCAUGAAAUGUGCCCCAAGGACAUGGACUUUUUUGUCUGCCUUUCAUCCACGGGAGGCAUUGUUGGCUCCCGGGGACAGGGUAACUACAACGCUGGAAACACAUACCAGGAUGCAAUGGCCCACUACCGCCGGGCUCAGGGAUAUCCUGCGACGAGUAUCAACCUUGGAGUUGUGUUGGGAGUCGGUAUCACGGCCGAGCGUGGUGAGAUUCUGUCGUAUCUCAAGACCGGUGCAAUGAUUGGAAUCCACGAGCAAGAAGUCCUGGCGGUGAUUCAAGCCGCCAUCUCAGGGCAAAUGCCAGCUCAGGCGGUCGUCGGACUCGCUACCGGAGGCCACUUGGAGAAGAACGGACACGAUGAUCCAUUCUGGUUCAGCGAGGCGCGCUUCGGCCCACUCCGCGUCUUCGACACCCAAGAAUUGCAAGCACAGUCUGGAGGCAGCGGCGGUGACUCUGCUGCCGACCUUGAGGCUGCUCUCCGAGAGUCUGCCACCCUGGCCGAGGCGGCUGACGCUGUUUGUGUGGCCCUCGUCCGCAAAUUGGCCAAGGCUAUGAUGAUGGAGCUGGAGGACUUGGAUCCCAGCCGACCAGCAAACUCGUAUGGCGUCGACAGUCUUGUUGCCGUUGAAAUCCGUGCCUGGGUCUUCAAGGAGGUCAAGAGUGACGUCUCCGUCUUUGACAUCUUGAGCAAUAAGCCGCUGGCUUCGCUUGCAGGCACGAUUGCAGCAAAGUCAACUCUGCUGUCUCCAUCCAUCAAGGACACUGAGGGCUACAUGUAG